GCGCGCGCGUUCGCGGAGACGGAAGACCGGAGAGGCGCUCUGCCGUGGGUGCGAGCGCGCAGGCGCCUCCUUGGGAUAGCUGCGGGCGCGAAUCCUAAUGUUCUACGGGCUGCGGGCCACCACUCGGAUCAAGAAGCAGAACAUUCACAGCUUCUUCUGAGAAGACCUCCCUGGAAGACUUCUCCCAAUCACCAUCCUCUCUUUUCUCCGCAAAGGCUACUUCAUAGACAUAAAGAUCAAUAUUUAACUGGAAAGGAAGCAUCACUUAAAAUUCUCUCAAACUCCUAAUUCCGGGGAAUUGAUAACAUUUCUCUGAUGAAGAAAAGAAGUGCUACUGACUGUGUGUUAAAAGUAUUCUGGCACUGGUCCUGUUUUUUUCCCUCCCUAGAUUUGAAGAAAAAUUAUGGAGAAAUGGCACUUGAUGACAAUUGUGGUCUUAAUAGGACUAACAGUACGGUGGACAGUUUCUCUUAAUUCUUAUUCAGGUGCUGGAAAACCCCCUAUGUUUGGUGAUUAUGAAGCUCAGAGACACUGGCAAGAAAUUACUUUUAAUUUACCCAUCAAACAAUGGUAUUUUAACAGUAGUGAUAACAAUUUACAAUAUUGGGGAUUGGAUUACCCACCUCUUACAGCCUAUCAUAGUCUUUUAUGUGCAUAUGUGGCAAAGUUUAUAAAUCCAGACUGGAUUGCUCUCCAUACAUCACGUGGAUAUGAAAGUCAGGCACAUAAGCUCUUUAUGCGUACCACAGUGUUAAUUGCUGACUUGCUGAUUUAUAUACCAGCAGUAGUUUUAUACUGUUGUUGUUUAAAAGAAAUCUCAACUAAGAAAAAGGUUGCUAAUGCAUUAUGCAUAUUGCUGUAUCCAGGCCUUAUUCUUAUCGACUAUGGACAUUUUCAAUAUAAUUCUGUGAGUCUUGGCUUUGCUUUGUGGGGUGUUCUUGGAGUAUCUUGUGACUGGGACCUGCUAGGCUCGUUGGCAUUUUGCUUAGCUAUAAAUUAUAAACAGAUGGAACUUUACCACUCUUUGCCAUUUUUUUGCUUUUUACUCGGCAAGUGUUUUAAAAAAGGCCUGAAAGGAAAGGGGUUUGUAUUGUUAAUUAAGCUAGCUUGUACAGUUGUAGCUUCCUUCAUUCUCUGCUGGCUGCCAUUCUGUACAGAAAGGGAGCAAACAUUGCAAGUUCUAAGAAGACUCUUCCCAGUUGAUCGUGGAUUGUUUGAGGAUAAAGUAGCCAAUAUUUGGUGCAGCUUCAGUAUCUUUCUGAAGAUCAAGGAUAUUUUGCCACACCACUUCCAGAUAAUAAUCAGCUUUUGUUUUACAUUUUUGAGCCUGCUUCCUGCAUGUGUAAAAUUAACACUUCAGCCCUCUUCCAAAGGAUUCAGAUUUACUCUGGUUAGCUGUGCACUAUCAUUCUUUUUAUUUUCUUUCCAAGUACAUGAAAAGUCCAUUCUCUUGGUAUCAUUACCAGUCUGCUUAGUUUUAAGUGAAAUUCCUUUUAUGUCUACCUGGUUUUUACUUGUGUCAACAUUUAGUAUGCUACCUCUUCUACUGAAGGAUGAACUCCUAAUGCCCUUAGUUGUGACAACGAUCGCAUUUUUUAUAGCUUGUGCAACUUCCUUUUCAAUAUUUGAAAAGACUUCUGAAGAAGAACUUCAGUUGAAAUCCUUUUCCCUUUCUGUUAGGAAAUAUCUUCCAUGUUUUACAUUUCUUUCCAGAAUUAUACAAUAUUUGUUUCUUAUCUCAGUCAUCACUAUGGUACUUCUGACACUGAUAACUGUCACACUGGAUCCUCCUCAGAAAUUACCGGACUUAUUUUCUGUAUUGGUUUGUUUUGUAUCCUGCUUACAUUUCCUGUUCUUCUUAGUCUACUUUAACAUUAUAAUCAUGUGGGAUUCCAAAAGUGGAAGAAACCAGAAGAAAAUCAACUAGGUACAUCUGCAAACACGUGAAAAUAUUAACAGUGCUUAAACGGUUUUUGAACUUUUUGCUGUGUAUAAAUAAAAUUAUCAUUUUGAGGAUCAUGGAAUUACAGGAAAAAGAUGGUGAAAAGUCAUCGUUGUCUAUACAAAGUAAAUCUAUAUGGGAUCCAAGCCCAGUGGAGGCUUUUAUUUUCUAACUAUUGAGUGGCCAAGACAUACUGUAGUUUUAUAAUAUUCAGUUAUCCAAGUGGGAAAAUAAGAGAAAAUGCCCUUAAUCCCAGUAUUUACUCAGGAAAUAUACAAUUUGUUGUCUUAAAGAAAAUCUGCAAAUCCAGUGAAUUUACUGGGAGAAUUUAACCCUUCUUAUUAAAGGAAAUUACUAAUUUUGGUAUUUAAAUUUCAUUUUCCUUCCUUGGAAUACAAGUAAUGUGUAUUUCAUUCUUUAGAAAUCUAUCUCAGGGUUUAAAUUUGUGACAAUCUUUUAAAUUACUGUGAGAAGGCAAUUUAAACUGCUUGAAGUUUGAACAUGCCUCAUUACAUGGUACAGAUUUGAAUUUCUUUUUAACAGGCAGAGAGGUUAAACCAUGUUCUUAUUUUUUCCAAAAUGCCGAUUUACUUAAAUGCAAUUUAACAGUGAAUUUUCUUGAAUUUAAAUCUAAGUGGUUUGAGUGAUGUCUCUUUAAUUACUCAUGAUCACUAGUUCUAAACUUCCAGGAUCAUUCUGUUUAAGUUAAAUGGUCUUAUGCAGGAUUUCAUUCUUCUGAUCUUUUUAUUGUUGUUGUUGUGACGUGGUUCAGGAUAACCACUUCCAUAGCAUUGAUUCAUAUCAUGUUUCAUAUUGACUUGGCUCUGUUAAUAAUGUAUCAUUCUAUAUUAGGAGAAGCUCAUCUUUACUGUCAUAUUCAAUUGGUAAAAAUAAUGUAUCAUAUCGAUGUUAUAGUUUCUUAUGUAAAGAUGUGUUGUCUAGAUGUGUUGUCUUUACUCUCUGUGAUAAGAAUAAAACAAUUAUUUUCA